AUGGCAGAUCCUGAGCCCAAAAGAAAGAUUCCUUUGGUUCCUGAGAAUCUCCUGAAGAAGAGGAAAGCUUACCAAGCACUCAAAGCCACUCAGGCUAAGCAGGCACUUUUGGAAAAGAGGAAGCAAAAGAGAGGGACUCAGCUCAAAUUUAAGCGGCUGGAAUCAUUUGUCCAUGAAUCCCAUCGGGUUGUCCGUGAUGUAGCUCGUCUAAGGCGCCUGGAUUCAAAGCCUGGGUGCUAUGUGCUGAAGGAUGGACAUCACCUGGGCUUUGUGGUCCGGAUGGAGAGGAUUAAUGGAGUGAGUGACAAGGUGAUAAAGACAAUAGAGGAACUUCGCCUGAAGAAAAUUUAUAGUGGUGUCUUUGUUAAAAUGACCCCAUCUUCCUUAAAGAAACUACGAAUUAUAGAGCCUUAUGUAGCCUGGGGAUAUCCUAACCUAAAAUCUGUCCGAGAACUCAUUCUAAAACGAGGACAAGCCAGGAUAAAUAAUAAGAAAGUCUCCCUAACAGAUAAUACUCUGAUUGAGGAGUAUCUAGGGAAGUUCGGUAUCAUUUGCCUGGAAGAUGUCAUCCAUGAAAUCUACUCAGUGGGAGAGCAUUUCCCUCAAGUCUCAAGAUUCCUAUGUCCUUUCCCCUUGUCUGUGGCCCGCCAUGCUGCCAAGAAUAGAGUGGGCUUCCUCAAGGAAAUGGGCAAACCCGGCUACCGAGGUGAAAGCAUCAAUCAGCUCAUUCGACAGUUGAACUAGGCCCAGGAUCUCAGAAGAUUUCUAUUUUUUCUGAGUUUAUAUCCAGUAUCUUCAAAGAAGAUUUCUUUUCUGCUGGAACUUUCUCCAGGAAUUGAUGAGUUGAGAAG